AUGGCUGCGCUUAGAAGCACAAAGGUGAGCGAGAAAAGGAAAACGAUUUUAUUGAAUUGGAUUGUGAUUUAAUGCAGAAUAUCUCUCAAUUUGUUCUCGUCAAACUGAAUUUCCAGGGACUGGUGGCUCUGGUGACGGGCGGCGCGUCGGGACUCGGAAAAGGAACGGCGGAAGUGCUGGCGCGGGCCGGCGCCCAAGUGGCCAUUCUGGAUCUGCCGCAGUCGAAGGGCGCCGACGUGGCCAAGGAAAUCGGCGCCAUUUUCACGCCCGCCUCGGUCAGCCAAUCGAUUGAUGCGUUUUCACAUAAAUUUCUAACUUUUGCAGGUGACAUCGGAAGAGGAGGUGCGUGCGGCGUUCGAGAAAGUGCGUCAGGAGUACGGACGGCUCGACGCGCUCGUCAACUGCGCCGGAAUCGCCUACGCAUUCAAACUGUACUCGGUGAACAAGAAGAAGCACGUCGAGUUCGACAAGAUCCGGCAGACUAUCGAUGUGAGCGCAGAAAUCGCUAUUUAUGACGAAUACUUGUAGAAAAACCACAAAAUUUUCAAAAUGCAAACGUUUUGAGUAACCGCUUUUCGAUGUUCUUCUGAAGUUGAAAGCAAGGAUGGAACGUUACUUCCACUCGCUAGUAAUUCUUCAAAAAACUGUAAUUUUUCAGGUGAACGUGCUCGGCACGUUCAACGUGAUCCGUCACGGAGUGGCUCUGAUGGGCGAGCACGAGAAAGAUGCGAACGGACAAAGGGGCGUGGUCAUCAACACGGCCUCCGUCGCCGCGUUCGACGGACAGACCGGACAGGUUCGCGACGAGAGAUUUUUGGGCUUUCGGGCCGAAACUAUGCAGGCUUUUUGGGCUUGGAUUGAAGUAUAUUGGGUCCAAGUUUCAGACCGAUCCGAUUAUCCGAUCCCAGGAUAUACAUAUGUAGUCAUUUAGCCCCGAAAAGCCCUGGCUUUCAAAAGCCACCCUUUUCGGGCCUAAAUCGAUAUAUUAAAUAAUCCGAUGUUUCAAUCCAAGUCCAAGAAGUCAGCAAAGUUUGGGUCCGACGAUUCCUUGAAAAAACCGGUCCUUUUCUCAGUCCGCCUACUCUGCCUCGAAAGGAGCCAUCGUGGCGAUGACGCUCCCGUUGGCGCGUGAUUUCGCCGGAGACGGCAUCCGAUUCAACACGAUCGCUCCGGGACUCAUGGACACGCCCCUUCUCUCGUCCCUCCCCGAUAAGGUUCGUUUUGUUUCUACUUAGAAUUAUGGGGGCAUUCAGCAAAUUGUUUUGUUGGGUUUUCACUGAUUUUUUACAUUGGUGAAUUGAGUUUUUUGACGAGAGAUCAUUAAAAAAAACGGAAAAAACCGUAAUAUUUACCGGUCGGAAUGUAGAAUGGAAUUGAAAAGUGAACAUUUGUUUAAGUCCAACGUUGAAACAGCAAAUUUUUUGGAUAAAAUAACGUUUCACUCGAAUCGUUCUGAAGCCAUCUAGAUUGUUGUUCUAGAAGAGUUUACCGUCUUCAGAAAUACAAAAAAAGUCGCAGAAAUUCCGUGAUUUCAGGUGAAGACGUUCCUGGCGCAGCUGAUUCCGAAUCCGUCGCGUCUCGGACAUCCGCACGAAUACGGAGCGCUCGUGCAGCACAUCAUCGAGAAUCAGUACCUGAACGGAGAGACGAUCCGUUUCGACGGCGCCCUCAGAAUGCCCGCCUAA